CGCAGCCAGAGCAGCGCACGGAUUGCCAUUACUACGCUAUCCGAAAAUGGAGCUUUUGACAUCUUGCACGAGUUGCCUCGGUUGGAAAAACACAGACGCUCGUGCAGUGAUUGUGGUCAGCAGGUGUGUCAGCAGAACGCAUCUCCCAUAAGUCGCGUGCUCACGUGACACAUUAUCUGCUGUCAAGUCCAACCAGAGAAAUUAGAAGGUCCAACUGUCCGGAAAGCACCUUUUUUCUGCAACAGACCUUUGAGGUGAGGCAUCAAACGUAGGUGAUGUCGUUCAGAGAGAUGGCCACGUCUCCGGGCUGCGGCCCCAGCAUGCCCAAGAGCAGCGUUUCCAUGGAGACGUCCAGCUUCGCGCAUGUCAUCUUCCAGAAUGUGGGCAAGAGCUUCCUGCCCCAGGCUCCACUAGAGUGUCACUACACACUCACGCCAGCCAUCACGCCCCACCCCAAGGAUUGGGUCGGCAUAUUUAAGGUUGGCUGGAGCACAGCGAGAGAUUACUACACCUUCCUCUGGUCUCCCAUGCCAGAGAGUUAUGUUGAAGGCUCUACGGUCCAUAGAGUCAUAAUUUUCCAGGGUUACUACGUCCCUCGUAGCGACGGCGAGUUCUAUCAGUUCUGCUACGUGACGCACGGCGGGGAGAUCCGGGGCGCCAGCACGCCGUUCCAGUUCCGGGAGGCCGCGCCCUCUGGGGAGGAGCUGCUCACCGUGGAGGACGAGGGCAACUCAGACAUCCUCGUGGUCACCACCAAGACUGGACUACUGGAGCAGCGUGUGUGUGUGGCCCAGCAGGAGUGCAUGGAGCUGCAGCAGAAGCUGUGUGUGCUGCAGAGAGACAAGGAGAUCCUGCAAGCCGAACAGAGACGCCUGCAGAGAGAGAGAGACGAGGAGAGGGACACCUACUCACAGAUACACACUCACAACAAGGAGCUGCUGCAGCUGUGUGAGGCGGAGAGAGAGGAGCUGAGGAAGAGGCUUCAGGAGUCCAAGGACAGGACUCUCCAACUAGAGGAGGAACAGCAGAUUUUGAAGGACAAGCUUCACAAGGUGACUUUGGAGAAGGAGAGUUUGGAGUCUCAGUUGAAGACAGAGAGAGCUGAGAGAGACCUGCAGAGAACCCAGGUGCGCAGUGCUGAGCUGGAGAACACUAAGCUGACGGCGGAGCUUCAGAUGCUGAAGGCCAUGGAGCUGAACAGAGAGGUGACCAUUGCACAGUACCAGGAGGAGCUCCAGAGACUACGCACCACAGACAUACCGAAACGCAUGUAUCCAUCUGGACAGGGGGAGGCGGUGCGGCUGAAGGAGCAGCUCCAUCAGGCAGAGGGGAGGCUGCAGGUGUCCCAGCAAGAGGCCCUGGUCCUGGGGGACGACCUGCGCAGCGCGGCCUCCCGGGCGGAGCAGAGCACCACGGAGCUCCACAGGGCACAGCAGGAGGCCGAGGCACUCAGGACCCGGCUCACGGAGGCACAGGCGCAGAGCAGCACCGCACAGGCACAACUGGAGAGGAUGAGGAAAGAGGGUGUGUCCGUGUGUGGCGUGUCACAGGUAGAGGCGGAGCUCCAUAAGGAAGUGGACGAGCUGAAGGUGCGUCUGCAGAUGGCUGCCGAGCACUACAAGGAGAAGUACCGCGAGUGCCAGAAGCUCCGCAAGCAGCUGAGGCAGCAGGUCAGCCAGCAGCAGCAGACACACACGCAACAGCAGAGCAGCAGGGCCAACACAGACAGCCCCGACCAGGAGCCAGGGGCAGCGGCUGACACAGAUGCAAAGAGGAGUGACAAUGAGCUAACUGCAGAGAUGAUUCAAGAGACCGUCUCUCCCUGCACAGACCUGUUCUCCCCAGACCUGCUGACAGAGAAGUUGUACACAGCGCACGGUGUCUCACCCUCUGAAGACAACACAGCAGGCACGGAAACAACAGAGAAAGACCCGGAAAGUGAUAGUGAGGAGGGAGGAGAGGAGAGCAGGAGAGAUGACGAUGACGACGGCGUUGACGGAGAGACAGAGAGAGAGGAAGAAGAAACGGUAGAAGAGGCCACGGCUGUCCGGGUAGAGCGCCAUCAAGAGGGAGUGAUGAUGAUGAUGGAGAAGAGAGAAGAGGAGGUGGGGAAGAGAGAGGAGGUGGAGAGGAGGGAGGAGAGGGAGCAUACUGACCUUGCCAUGAUGGAGGAGACCUGGAGGGAGCAGUGCUCCAUCAACAUGAACCUCUCACACCUGUUGAAGGCUCAGCUGGAGGAAAAGACCAGAGAGGUGAAUGCACUGAGGGAGAGUCUGGCUGAUGUGAUGAGAGACAAGGAGAGACUGGAGAAGGAGCUGCGUGCGUUGGGCUGUAGGCAGCGGCAGCAGCAGGGGCAGCAGCAGCAUGCUGGGGAGUGCUCUGGGGAGCAGGUGGCUCUGCUCUUCCCCCUGCCCUACGUCCAGGAGCACCCCCCGCCCCCCCUCGUGCAGCAGCGGCCCGCAGACCUGCAGUACGGAAACCCCUACGCCAGAGAUGGUGCUAGUGGGUCGUCAGGUGUGACUGCGGUGGGAGCAGAGGGAGUGGUGGUGUGUAUGCAGCCCUCUCGUGGCCUCAGUCUCCCAGACGGCCUGGAGAACAUCUUCCAAGAGCCCAGUCAACAUAAUGUGAGUGAGGAGGCACAGGAGUUGUUUGGCCAUCCAAGCCCCAAGCACACAGAGAACAAGAGAACGAGCUUCUGCUUCGACACCAGCUCGGAGGUCCAGAAGCGCUGUCCUCUGUGCGAGGUCAUCUUCCCGCCGCAGUUUGAGCAGCGCAGCUUCGAGCAGCACGUGGAGUCCCACUGGCGCGUCUGCCCCGUCUGCAGCGAGCAGUUCCCCCUGCAGACCCAGCAGCUGCUCUACGAGAGGCACGUACUCACACACUUUGACGGAAACGUCCUCAACUUCGACUAGGCGCCACACAGACUGUUCCACAGGUUGUGUGUGUGUGUGUGUGUGUGUG